AGCACUGUGGUCCACCUCGCCCUCUCUCUCCGCAGACAUGUCAUCGAAAUACUCCGGCGGCCCCACGGAAACCGAACGCUGCAUUGAGUCGCUGCUGGCUGUGUUCCAGCGCUACGCCGGGCGUGACGGGAAUGCCACUUCCCUCUCCAAAAAAGAGUUCUUGACGUUCAUGAACACGGAGCUGGCGUCUUUCACGAAGAACCAGAAGGACCCAGGCGUCCUGGACCGCAUGAUGAAGAAACUCGACAUGAACAAUGAUGGCCAGUUGGAUUUCGGUGAAUUCUUGAACCUCAUUGGUGGCCUGGCCCAAGCCUGCCAUGUUCAGGUGACGUCAUCCCCGACCAGCAGUGGACCCCAGAGACCGUGACCCACCCCUCCUGCUCUGACCCGUCACCAGCAAAAUUCCGAACAUUCCAGAAAACUGAUCUCCGCGUGUGACCAAAAUCAGACACAGCUGUUAAAAGCACCACCAUCUAUGUUUGUAUCAAUAAAAUGGAUGUGACAAAUUA